AUGAAAGGGCACUGGCGUAGUGUUGAUCUGCCCUCAGGGUUUGCUGCUGAGGGGGUUUUAGGUUUAGAAGAAUUUGUCUUAGAUGAAGAUGCACCAGCAAAGCAGCAAAAGAUAAACAACAAGAAAAGAAAACAAAAGCAGCAGCAGCAGCAGCAACAGCAGCAGCAGCAGCAGCAGAAGGAUGAGCCCUCCACGCAGACAGCAACAAAGGCGGAGGCAAAACGAAAGAAAAGAAAAAUACACAAGCAGCAGCAGCAGCAGCAGCAGCAGACAGAUGAAGCAGCAACAACUCCCAGCAGCAACAGCAGCAACAGCAGCAGCAGCAGCAGCAAAGAGGGAGAGGAUGCAACGUACGAACUGGUUGCAGCUGCGUCCACAGAAACAGCAGCAGCAAGAGAAGCAGGAGGAGGAGCAGCAGGAGCAUCAAAAGCAUCAACAGCAGCAGCAGCAGCAGCAGCAGCAUUUGAUUGUUUAUACGACAGCUAUGAAUUAGUAGGAGAGUUAUCUGAGGGUUUACAGGGGUGGGGUUGCUGCCUAAAUGGAGAUAUAUGUUUGCUGCACCCUGCAGUUUCUCGUGUGCUGCUGCAGCAGCAGCUGCUGCACCCAACACCGGUGCAGCAGCAAACGCUGCUGCAUGCAGUUAGAGACAGAAAAGAUGUAGUUGCUUCUGCUCAGACAGGCUCAGGCAAAACCCUUAUCUUUGCUCUUCCUAUAGCUAGCUGCUUAGCUAGCCAGCUAGCUAGACGCCUCGAGAAGUGGUCAGAGAAGCAGCAGCAGCAGCAGCAGCAGCAGCAGCAGCAGCAGCAGCAGCAGCACGGGAAAGAAGAAGAAGAAGAAGAGCAUAUGGAGAAGCAAAGGCAGCAAUUUUUGCUGCAGCAAACACAGCCUAAAGGACCUGCAGCACUUAUCUUAGAACCCACCAGAGAAUUAGCCCUGCAGGUGUUGCAGGUGGUGCAGCAGCUGUGUACGUACACCCCAGUACGUGCUGCAGCAGUUGUAGGGGGCCUCUCUUCUGCGAAGCAGCUCCGCAUUAUUAGCAGCAGCAAACCUUCAAUAUUGAUUGCAACCCCCGGGCGUCUGUUGGCGCUGCAGCGGCAGCAGCAGCCUGAAACAGCAGCAGCAGCAGCAGCAGCGUCUGCUGCUGCUGCGGUAGCGGCAACGGCAGAGGGGCGAGGAGAGCAACAGCAGCAGCAGCAGCAGCAGCAGCAGCAGCAGCAAACACGAAGAGAUCGAAUUGCUGCAGAGGGCCUCUGCUUCGCACAAAAUUUCUCUUUGCUGCAGUUCCUUGUCUUAGAUGAAGCAGAUAGGCUGCUGCUGCAGCAGCAGCAGCAGCAGCAACGCAGACACCGCAGCAAGAAGAAUAAAAAACACUCGAAGAAGCACAAAAUAACAACUCCACCAACAGAGACGGAGCUGCUGCUGAAGAUUGUAUAUGCGCAGCUCGAUGCUGCCUCACCUGCAGCAAACAGCAGCAGCAGCAGCAGCAGCAGCAGCAAGCGGAAGAAGCAGCAGAAGCAGCAGCAAGUCGUACCCAGCCAGCUUAGGGGGCGUGCAGCAAAGCUGCAGACAUUUGUUUUAUCGGCAACGCUCAGCUUCUCGCUGCAGCGGAAGCAUCAAGGGCUGCAGCUUAGCAGCAGCAGCAGCAGCAGCAGCAGCAGCAGCAGCAGCAGCAGCGGGAGGGAAGGGGGAGACGAAGAGUCAGCUGAUGCUGCUGCGCUGCUGCAGCACGUGAGAAUACGACCGAAGCAAUUGGUUGCUGUGCGCAUUUCGGAUGAGGAGCAGCAGCAGCACGUCUGGCAGCAGCAGCAGCAGCAGCAGCAGCAGCAGCAGCAGCAGCAGGGAGAGCAAGAGCAGCAGCAGGUCUGCAGCAAACUACCCGCCACCCUUCGCCUCAGCGUAUGGAAAUGCCCUCUAGAAACAGAUAUGGAGGUGCAGCUUGUUGCUUAUUUGCUGCGUACAUUUGAUAAGAAGGCCGAGGAGCAGCAGCAGCUGCGCGUGCUGCUGUUUGUUAAUGCAAUUUCUUAUGUCUAUAGACUGGAGGCUCUGCUCUCGUUCAGCAGCAGCAAGUACGGUUUAUUAGUAAGCACCGAUAUGAGUGCAAGGGGUUUAGAUUUUAAAGAAGUCGAGAAAAUAAUUAAUUUUCAGAGACCAAGAGAUCUGGAGACCUUCAUUCAUAGAUGCGGCAGAACAGCACGCGCAGGCAGACACGGAGAGGCGAUUUGUUUUGUUUCUAGCAGCGAGUUAGACAGCUGGCGGAGACUGCUAGAGAGCAGCAACAUUAAUAUUUUUUUGACACCUUCUCCUUUAGGGGAUGUCUCUGGGCUCAAGGCAUUCGCCUGGAUUGAGGAGAAGCAGAAGAGAACAAACGGCAUGCUGCGAAAGUUAGCAGCAGCAGCAGACAUUGCUUGGGAUUCAGAGGCAUCAGAGGAAGACAAAGAAGAUAUAAAAAUUAAAAAUAAAAUCAAACACAAUAACGCAAAAAAGAAGCUGCAACAGAUUCUCGCUCGCUAUGUGCCGUGA